GUGUGGUUUGUCCUCGUGACGUCACGGGGCGGGCUGUGCUCUAGCUGCAGCGACGAGGCGACGCGACGCGCCGGAAAGCUACAGGAUAGCAAAGAACCGAGCUGUGAUCAAAACACACAACUCCAGGGCCUUCAUCCGCCUCCCAGCCUUUAGGUUUCAACGCAGGAAAGGCGAUAGGUGUCUGCAGAAAGUGAUUUAGAGGGACGGAGGACGCGGAAACACGAGUUAAUGAGAGCAGAGCGAAGCAUCUUAACCUCGACAGCUCGGACACCGCUAGGCCCGGAGAGCGCUACAGAGGAGAUCACUGCGCUAGCUAAAGAGAAACAAGGAAUGAGUGAUGACCUCUGUGGUAGUGUCAGACAGUGGAGGGAACAUAGUGGAGUAUGUCACCGUGGUGGAGGAAUCCCAGCAGUGUGAGCAGCAGCCCAUUGAGGAGGAGGAGGAGGAAGAAGUGGUUCAGCAGGAAGUAGAGGCGGUGAUCGUGGAGGGCGGAGAGGAGGUGGAGGACGAUGUGGAAGAGGAGGAAGGCGUGGUGCUGCAGGAAGACGGCUGUCCGGCGGUGAUCGUGGAGGAAGUGCCCAGUGCCCAGGUAGAGGAGUGCUACUCAGCACAGGUCCUGGUCUAUGACGAUGAGACGUAUCUGAUGCAGGACGUGGCCGAGGAGCAGGAGGUGGUUACGGAGGUGUCUGAGACUGUGGAGAUGUCGGGUCAUGACAUGGUGUGUUUUGACAAAACGUUUGAAGCAGCUGAAGCUCUGCUCCACAUGGAGUCUCCUGGAGGACUGCACAAUGAACGCAACACAGCAGAAGAUGUGAUGAUGGAGACGGUGGUGGAGGUGUCUACAGAGUGUGGACCCAUAGAGGAGGAGUCCUUCCCCAUCCCUCCUGACUGUGAACCUGCUGCCAGGAAGAAGAGAGGAGGUGGACGCAAGCCCAAGACAACCCAGCUCGCUUCGAACGGCUCCUUUGACCUGGGGAUCAAGAAGAGACCGAGGGAGGGCAAAGGCAACACCACCUACCUGUGGGAGUUCCUGCUAGAGUUGCUGCAGGAUAAAAACACCUGUCCCAGGUACAUCAAGUGGAUGCAGAGGGAGAAGGGCAUCUUCAAGCUGGUGGACUCCAAGGCCGUGUCCAAGCUGUGGGGGAAACACAAGAACAAGCCCGACAUGAACUACGAGACCAUGGGCCGAGCCCUGAGGUAUUACUACCAGCGUGGCAUCCUGGCCAAAGUGGAGGGACAACGGCUGGCCUACCAGUUUAAAGAAAUGCCCAAGAACAUCCGGGUGAUCGACGACGAGGAGGACGGAGAGGAGGUGGAGGACAGCGAGGGGGUGGUGUCUGGCCAGCACCCGGCUCACCAGCACGGCCCCGUCAGCCUGGGCACCAACUCCCCCGCCACCACCCAGCCUCAGACGACCUACGUCACUGUCAUCCCCAGCAACACUGCCAGCAGGCCCAUCCGAGCCAUGCCACUGGUCAUGACCAACUCACUAGGUCACAUGACGUUAAACUCCUCCUCCGUCUUCACCACCACCACAGGGGUCCCGGUAACGGUAGCCAACGCCUCCGCCAGCGCUCCCCCCAAACUGGUCAUCCAGACCCUGCCCACCAUGCUGCCCGGCGGCUCCAAAGCCGGAGAGAAGAUCACCAUCAUCACCAUCCCGGCCAACCAGCUGGCCUCGCUCAUGGCGGCCAACCCGUCAGGCCAGAUCACGCAGCUCUUCCAGGCUAAACACAUCGCUACACAGUUAGCGCACGGCGCCGCUAAAACCGCCACCGGCGCCCAGACGAUCCAGCUAACGGCAGGCCGGCCGCACCUCAUCAUGGCUAAACCGGCGGCGGUGGCCCAGGCGCUGCCGCAGUUCUCUAUCCAGGUCAGCCAGCCUCACCCGGCUCCAUCCAAAACCCCCACCCAGCCCCCGAAGCCCCCCAGCAGUCAGCCCGAAGCAGCACAAUCAGAGGAGGCAGCAGAAGCUGCACCCUCCAGCCCACCAGCAGCAUCGGUAGAAACCACCUCAUCCUGAGUGCUCCGGGGCCCCCCGGGGGGGGCGGGUACAGGAAGUGACUGUGGACACUGCUGAGGAAGUGCAGGACACAUCCCAUCACCCCCCCAACCCCCACCCCGCUCAGAGUUGCUCUCUAACAUUGGUCUCCAGGGAGACGCCUGCUCUUACUAUGGAGCUGCUGAAGCCCCACAAAGGAUUAAAGGGACUGUUGUACAAACACAGACGCACACGAUGCAGAUCCUUCGGAGCUCAGGAGACAUGAGGCAGCCUUAGAUUGUAAAUGAAACAACUCCUUUUUGUAAUCAAACGUAAUAUAAAAAAAGCCUGACAAGACUUUGUUGUAAACAGAAAUGUAAAAAGCAUUUUUUGAUACUCAGCGGGUAUGCAUCAGUACAGACGUCGUUUAGAAUUCAUGUCUUCUGUUUCAGUCUCAUGGUUUGUCUGCAGAGCACUGUUUUUUACUGUUCAUAAAAAGGGAGUGAAAGGAUGUCUGUCGAGAUUAAAAGAACUAAAUGGUGUGCUCCACAUCUGAAGUAUAAUAUACUAUUUUUUUCUUGUACUAUCAGUGUAUUGAAGUAGAUUUUACUGAAAUAUGUAUUAUAAAAAAAAAACAAGAAAUGUGAAUUGAAA